AUGGUCCCAGGACGACACUCACCGACCAAUGGGAUCACGGCACAGGUCGGCCAAAGCCAAGGCGGCCGGAGUUUAAAGCCAGAGCCACUUCCUGGGCCUGUCCCGGUCUGCGGAGGAAAUGCCAUCGGCCCUGACCUCAUCUGCACUCAGCCUGAACCUGCUGCUGCCCUGGUCCAGUCUGAGGCCGACGCAGAGGACCCUGAGAGACCGCAGGGACCACAGAGACCCCAGACACCACAGGAACCACAGAGACCCCAGACACCACAGAGACCCCAGACACCACAGGAACCACAGACACCACAGGAACCACAGAGACCCCAGACACCACAAGAACCACAGAGACCCCAGACACCACAAGAACCACAGACACCCCAGAGACCACAAGAACCACAGAGACCCCAGAGACCACAAGAACCACAGACACCCCAGAGACCACAAGAACCACAGACACCCCAGAGACCACAAGAACCACAGAGACCCCAGACACCACAAGAACCACAGAGACCCCAGACACCACAAGAACCACAGACACCCCAGAGACCACAAGAACCACAGGAACCACAGAGACCACAGGGACCACUGAGACCCCAGAGACCCCAAGAACCACAGAGACCUCAGACACCACAAGAACCACAGACACCCCAGAGACCACAAGAACCACAGAGACCCCAGACACCACAAGAACUACAGACACCCCAGACACCACAAGAACCACAGAGACCCCAGACACCACAGGAACCACAGAGACCCCAGACACCACAAGAACCACAGAGACCCCAGACACCACAGGAACCACAGAGACCCCAGACACCACAAGAACCACAGAGACCCCAGACACCACAAGAACCACAGACACCCCAGAUACCACAAGAACCACAGAGACCCCAGAGACCACAGGAACCACAGAGACCCCAGACACCACAAGAACCACUGAGACCCCAGAGACCACAAGAACCACAGAGACCCCAGACACCACAAGAACCACAGAGACCCCAGACACCACAAGAACCACAGAGACCCCAGACACCACAGAGACCUGAAUCCAGUCAGAGCUGCCCCCAGUGCGGUCUGAAGAUCCCAGGGGCCCAGAGUCUGAGGGGGCCGGGGGGGUCCAGUCUGACAGUCCACAGCUCUCACAGCAAGAAGAGCAAAGCCAGCAGCAAGAGCACGUUGAACCAGCCGACUGUGAACACAUCCGGAGAUGUGUGUCUGGACCUGCUGCUGUCCUGCCUCUUCUGUCACUGCUCGGCUCUGCUCCUGGGCCUCCUGGACGCCUGCUCCUCUGGUCUCUCCUCUCUGGGCCUGGGCUGUGGGGAGGUGUGCUCCUGCUGCUGCUCCUCCGUGCAGGACGUCCCGCUGGGGGAGCUGGACUGCCACACACACUGCCACUCGGUGCUGGUCCAGUCCUGCUGCGAGCCCGUAGAGUUCCUCGAGUUCUGCCUGGAGUGUUGCCAGAUCUGCCACCGGAGCUGA